GCGGACGACAGUUAGAAAUGGCGGUUGGGGCGAGAGGAGGGGCGGGGGCGGAAAAAGGCGCAGCCUCGAAGUGCCAAGAGUCCGGGUGCGCGGUUGCUUCACGAGUCCUCCUCCUCCUCCCCUGGUCCAGGCCCUCGGGCUGGGGAGAGCCCCGGUGGAGAAGACGUGAUCCGUUCAACUGAACAAAGGAAAUGGCGGCCACACCAAAGGCAACCGGCUCGGUCGGUGCUGCCGCCGCGGAGACUGGGAAACGUUCCCUAAAAUGGCGGCCAGCGCGAACGCAGGCGCGGGCCGGGCUGGCAGGGCGGGGCGGGGCGUCCGCUCACGGCGGCCAGCGGCGGCGACGGGGCGGGGGGUAGGUGCCGACUGUUCCUAUGGCGGCUGCGCCGGAGGCCGGGGAGCCCGGGAAGGGGAAGCCCUUUAAGCUCCUAGGUAUUUUAGAUGUUGAAAACAUCCCCUGUGCACGGGAUUCGACAUUAUAUGGCUCAUUAGGAUCUGUUGUGGCUGGCCUUGGACACUUUUUGUUAACUAGUAGAAUUAGAAGAUCAUGUGACGUUGGAAUAGGAGGAUUUAUCUUGGUGACUUUAGGAUGCUGGUUCCAUUGUAGGUAUAAUUAUGCAAAGCUAAGAAUCCAGGAAAGACUUGCCAGAGAAGGAAUUAAAAACAAGAUUUUAUAUGAAAGUACCCACCUUGAUCCUGAAAGAAAACAAACCAACAGCGGCAGCAGCAGCAGCAAUUGAGCCGUCUUGAGCACAGAAAACCCAGACACAACUCACUUCGGUGUGAACAAAGCCGAGAUCAACUACAGAAAGCAUUUUAUAUACCAUAAGGCUUUCAACCAAGUAAAUAAAGUAUGUGUAAGCUG